AUGGCAAAGAUACUGCACAAGCUGGCAUAUGGGAACGUCAAGACAAUGCAGCCGAAGCGGAAGCAGGUUGACAAUUUCGCAAGGUACUGCGAACAAUACUUCAAAAAACCAGGCACAAGACCAGAUGACAGGAAUCAUGAGAGGAUCACUGCUGCGUGGCCUGGAAGGAGUUUCCAUGCCCUAGAAGCUCAGAAAGAUGUCAAGAGGGGGGACUUUGAGAUGGAACUGAUGGACGAGAACGAGUUUGCAUGGUUCGGAAAUGGUGGUACCGUUACAGACUUCGACAACAGUGCUAGUACGGAUGCUUUGUCGUGGUAUCUCAACGCUCCUCGGUUUGUACACGAUCUUGUCUCCAACAUACCAAACACUACUGCUAUCGAGAAAGAAAUGGUUCGCAACAAGUCUGCUGGAAAGGAAUUUGAAAUGCAACAUAAGAAGACACGUAUUGAGGCACAAGACAAUGUCGUGGGUGAAGGGGCAUUCUACAUGGAUGGACAGUCUGCCACUGACUCAACAAGUGAAGCAGCGACGACUUCUAGUCAAGCACCAGUUGUGGCCGUGAUGUGCUGA